AAACCAAAAUAAGAACCUCUCUCUUUCUAAAAUUCUCACUCCUGACUCUCCCAUCAUCACCCCUUCCCCCGCUUCCUAUACAUAUUCCCUCAUUUCCCUCUCUUUUCCUUCACUUAUCUCCAUCUCCUCCCUUAUCUCUCUCUUCCCAAGAAAAACAAAUAUGGCAACAAAAUAUACACAACAAAUCAUAACAGAAAAAAAGCCCAAAAUGCUGAAAGAAUUCCUCCGAGAUUAUACUAAUUAUAACAAUAACAAUAAUAAUUCCUGUUCAAACUCUUGUUCUUCCAGCGGAUUCAAAUCAUUCCCUCGUACUAAUUUUAAUUUACCGAAUAAUUCCGAUCCAUCAGUCCAGAACUUUCUAGAUCAUCAAGCCGCAGAAACCGCCACGCUCCCUAGAAGCCGAAGCCGAUCACGAGCCGCCGCUGAAGCCGCCUUCUCUUCCUUCCAGAAGCUUCUUAACGCCGUUAAAUCCCUCCAUUAUUCUCCCACGCCGUCAACUUUACUUUCUAGAAAGUUCUUUGGGUUAGUAAAAAAGAGAUCAAAAUCUAGUGAGGUUAAAAUUAUGGUGGUCAAGGUUAAAGUCAAAGAUAUCCUACGGUGGAAAUCAUUUCGUGACUUGAUUGUUGAUCAAUCACAGCCGUUAGAUGAUAUUGUGGGACCCACAGAGGAGGUUACUAUUGGUUGUUGUAGUAGUAGUAGUGAGAAUAGUGAACAAGGAUCUUUAGAAAGGGUUGACACUGAUUUUACUGUUACUGAGGGAGAGGAAUUACCGUGUUGUUUGGGUGAUUUGGAUGACGUGGAGGGUAAAAAAAUGGAUGAAGUCAUAGCAUCGGAUUCUCAAGUGGGACCCAAAGAGCAGGAUAAUGAUAAGAUUGCAAGUGAUGAAGACGCGGAGCAACAAAGCCCAGUUUAUGUUCUUGAUUCUCCCUUUAGAGAUGAAGUUUCAGAUGAAGAGUUUCCCUCGUCCUUCGACCGAAGUUUGGCUAAUAUGGAAAGAUCAAAGCAAAGGCUUCUUCAGAGCAUCCAAUGGUUUGAAAGCCUUGCUGGUGUUCAUGAAGAUGAUGAAACAGAAGCAAUAGACGACGAGGAAGCUAAACAAGAAGAUCACGAGCAACGAAGCGAAGAUGAUCAUAAUGUAAUUGAUGUCAAGAGCAAAGCUUACAUAGGAAAGGAAUUAUGCUGGUUUAAAAGGGGUAGAGAAAGUUUAGUGCCCAAAAUAGAGUGUAUUACAGAAAUGGAGAAGCAAGGGAAAUGGAGCAAGUUUGAAGAAGAUAGAAAGGAACUAGGAGCAGAAUUGGAGAUUGAUAUGCUGAGUGAUUUGUUGGAUGAGGUUUUGGUUGACUUAUGUGGAUGAGAAAAUCAAAAAAAAAAAAAGGUGUUGUAAUGAAUUAAAUGGAUUGUCAUCGUUUAGUUUGUUACUUGUGCAUAAGUGAUUAAGAGUGAA